GUAGCACGCAGUCACGCAGCCCCGUUCCCACCACGGGCGAUAAAAUACUUCCACCACCGGCAACCCUACCCUAGCGUAACCGCCGCAUCCCUCAACCCCAUACGAUGAGAAGAGCUUCUACUCUCGCCGCCGCUUCCACUUCGCUAUCCCGAGCCAUUCUUGCUUCCUCCGAACAACACCACCAUCGAUAUAAUAGACUCUUUCAAGCAACUUCCCUUUACGCUACCAAUGCCGGUUCUUCUCGGCGGUGGGUUUCUACAUCUAUGGGAUCCAUGUCCCCAGGAGGUUCAUCGGGUGCUGCUAAAGUUUUUCUGUCGCUGGGUUGUCUUGCCGCCACCGUCGCUGCUGGUGCCUCCUCUCUGUUGGUGGAAGAAGAGGCGUAUGCGAAAGAACCCGUUAGUUCGGAUCUCGUUCCUAAGGAGGUUGUGCUUUACCAGUACGAAUCCUGCCCUUUCUGUAACAAGGUCAAAGCAUUUUUAGAUUACUAUGAUGUGCCAUACAAAGUUGUGGAGGUGAAUCCACUCAGUAAGAAGGAAAUCAAAUGGUCUGAUUACAAGAAGGUGCCUAUACUUAUUGUGGAUGGGGAACCGCUGCAAGAUUCCUCAGCUAUUAUUGAUCAGAUGAGGAUCAAGAUCAGUCCCACGAGCUCUAGUUUAGUGGUUGAUGAUGAGGACGAGGAAAAGAAGUGGCGUAGGUGGGUUGAUGAGCAUUUGGUGCAUAUGCUAUCGCCAAAUAUUUACCGCAACACUUCUGAGGCUCUGGAAUCCUUCGACUAUAUCACUAGCAACGGUAAUUUCAGCUUUUCAGAAAAAUAUACAGUAAAAUACGCAGGCGCUGCUGCUAUGUAUUUUGUGUCGAAGAAAUUGAAGAAGAAAUAUAACAUCACCGAUGAAAGGACAGCCUUGUAUGAAGGUGCCGAAACUUGGGUUAAUGCACUUGAUGGCAGGGAGUUUUUAGGGGGCACCAAGCCUAAUGUGGCUGACCUUGCCGUGUUUGGAGUAUUGAGACCCAUUCGUUAUCUGAGAUCAGGUAAGGAUAUGGUUGAGCACACACGAGUGGAGAAUGUUGUUGGUGCAUCUUCAAGGAUACAAACCUAAUUUUCAUGUUGUAUUCAUCUUGAAGGCCAAGUGAUAUGCAAGAAGCAAAGUAUAUAUACAUUUUUGCCUUCCGUCUUGACUAAGUCGUGUUGAAAAACUUCAAGUUAAUUUUGUUGCUWUGAAUUCGUAGCAUGA